GGGCAGGGACGCUCUGGGGGUAGAUCUAUGGGGCAGAGAGAGACCAAAGGCUGGAGAGGGUGCCUGUGGAGAUCUAUGGAGCAGAGGAGAUCUGUGGGGCAGGAGAAGCCUGGGAGUAAAUCUGUGGGGCAAGAGGGGUCUAUGGGGGCAUCUAUGGGGCAGGGGGACUCAGCAGGUGGGGAGGGGUCGCCAUUGCAGGUGCAGGUGCAGGUGAGGGAGGGCCGGGCCCUGGCGGUCCUGGGAUGGUGGGAGCUGCUCCGGGGCCUGCUGGUGUUCGCCCUCUGCUCCCACCCCCGGCUGCAGCAGGACCCCGAGGCGUUCCUGCGGGCGUCCCGCCGGGUUCUGGGUGCCCACCUAUGGCGAGCCCUUCUCUCCGUGUCCCUUUGGGGACAGUUUGCGGUCGGCCGCAGCCCGGCGGCCGUGCAGGAGCUGGGCCAGCGGCUCCGGGCUCGUGGCCUGCGGCCAUUGCUGGCCCUGCCCAUCGAGGGUGAGGGACCCGACGGCGAGGGCGAGGCCUGGUUUGAGCAGAACUGUGGGGCAGCCCUGGAGUGUGUGGGGCUGGCGGCCGCCUCGGGCCCCGAGCCCGCCAUGCAGCUGAAGGUGACGGCGCUGCUGAGCCAGCGGCUCUGCGAGAAAAUCUCACUCCGAUUGGCCGAGCCGGAUGGGGUGGGGCUUAACCCAGAAGAGGUGGCGGCCAUGUUGGGUGGCCAGGUGCCGGAGCUCACCUGGCUCAGCCCGGCCGAGAACGAACACCUGGGGAGGGGCCUGAGGAGACUGGAGGAGGUGGCACAGGCCGCGGUGUCCCAGGACGUGCAGGUGCUGGUGGAUGCUGAGAUGUCUCACCUGAACCCCGCCCUCACCUGCCUCACCUGGGGGCUGAUGUGGAGGCACAACCGGGCGGGGCCCCGCGCCCGCAUCUGGCACACCUGGCAGGCCUACCUGAGGGACACCGAGGCUCACCUGGGGGCUCACCUGGCGCAGGUGGGCAGGGCCGGCCUCAGCUGCGGGGUGAAGUUGGUGCGCGGGGCUUACCUGGCCCAGGAGCAGGGGCGGGCCCGGGCUCGGGGCUGCCCCUCCCCCACCUGGGACACACCUGAGGAGACCUCGGCCAGCUACGAGCGCUGCCUGCGGCUGCUCCUGGCCGCGCUGGCCCGGCCGCGCUCGCGCCUCUCGCUCAUGGUGGCCACGCACAACGAGGGCUCGGCCCUGGCUGCUCUCAGGGGGCUGUCCCGGGUCCCGCCCGGCUCCGUUUGCUUCGGGCAACUGCAGGGGAUGGGAGAGCACCUGAGCCUGGCCCUGGGCGCGGGCGGGUUCCCGGUCUACAAGUCGGUGGCUCUGGGUCCCCCCGAGGUGACGAUCCCGUACCUGGCGCGGCGAGCGGCCGAGAACCGCGGGGCCCUGGGCGGGGCCAGGCGCGAGCGGGAGCUGAUGUGGGCGGAGCUUCGGCGCAGGCUCCGCCCCUGGGCGUGAACCUCAAAAUUGCCUUGAAAAAUCCUGGAAUUUCUACCCCAAAAAUAAAAAAAAAUCCAUUAAAAACACCCCAAAGGGACCUAAAAUCCUGGAGUGGGUGGGGCUGUGGGCGUGGCUUCAGCAAAGGCUCCGCCCCUUUGGGUGAAUUCCAAAAUUGCCUUGAAAAAUCCUGGAAUUUCUACCCCAAAAAUUAAAAAAAAUCGAUUAAAAACACCCAAAAUGGACCUAAAAUCCUGGAGUGGGUGGGGCUGUGGGCGUGGCUUCAGCAAAGGCUCCGCCCCUUUGGGUGAAUUCCAAAAUUGCCUUGAAAAAUCCUGGAAUUUCCACCCCCAAAAAUUAAAAAAAAUCCAUUAAAAACGCUCAAAAUGGAGCUAAAAUCCUGGAGUGGGUGGGGCUGUGGGCGUGGCUUCAGCACAGGCUCCGCCCCUGGGCGUGAACCUCAAAAUUUCCUUGAAAAAUCCUGGAAUUUCUACCCCAAAAAUUAAAAAAAAAUCCCAUUAAAAACACCCAAAAUGGACCUAAAAACCUGGAGUGGGUGGGGCUGUGGGCGGAGCUUCAGU